AAGACCCAAGGGAUUUCGAUUCCUUGGCUUUGAUCAUUCUUAUAUCAGAAAACCUAAUUCCAAAGCUUCUUAAUCUUCCCACCUUCCCUUUGGCUAAUCAACAGGUGGGUAGUUGACUGAAGCUUGGACAGAGUGUAGAAAACAACAGGAGCAACAGGAGCAGCCCUCACAAAGAUCCAGGAGAAAGCUGUCACCUAAGUAGAAGCCAACUGCCCCCAUGGAGAAUUCCAACAAAUUCCUGUUUUUCAAGGGAGUACCUCUCCUUUCCAGUGUUCAUGAUGUGGAACAUAUUCAAAGAAUGCAAGAUGAGUUUGAGUUUCAGGAUGAAGAUGUCAUAGUAAUGACCUACCCCAAGUCAGGAACCCAUUGGAUGAUACAUAUCCUCAGCCUGAUCUACUCAAAAGGAGACCCCACUUGGGUUAAAUCUGUCCCUUAUUGGGAACGUUGUCCCUGGAUAGAGAUAAAAACUAACAUGGAAAAUGUCAAGAACAAGGCAAACUCCCAUCUCUUCACUUCCCAUCUCCCAGCCCAUCUCUUCCCUAAGUCCUAUUUCACCAGCAAGGCCAAGAUCCUGUAUGUUUGCCAGGAAUCCAAGGGACGUCCUUGUUCUUUAUACCAUUUUAAAAUUAUAUCCCAUCUUACCCUUCUAUAUGGAUCCUGGUUUGACCACAUCAAAGGAUGGCUACCCAUGAGAAAUUCAGAGAAGUUCUUGUUCCUAACCUAUGAGGAAAUUCAUCAAAAUCUUAAGGUCAGUGUGGAAAAAAUUUGCCAAUUCAUGGGCAAGGAGCUGAUUGAGGAAGAAAUCAAUUCAGUCAUGAAGAAUGCUUCUUUCCAAGUUAUGAAAAAGUACAUCCUGGAAAACAAAGAACCUAUGCCUAUAAAGAAUAUGGAAUCUGCCAAAAUUAUGAUGAUGAGAAAAGGAAUCUGUGGAGACUGGAAAAACCACUUCACAGUGACUCAAAAGGAAACAUUCAACGAGCAGUACCAAGAGAAGAUGAAGGGGAUGGAGCAGGAUCUGUUCCCAUGGGAUCAAUGCUGAGAUGGAGAAUAUCUGCUGUUCUCUAAUUCACCCAUAUAUGAUCAACAAAUGAUAAUUCUGGCUCCUCCUUUGCAUCCCUAUUCUACUUUUACUCUCUUGUUGCUCUUAUUUCUAGCAGAAAAAAAAAAUUAGAAUUGAGACACAGGACAUACAUGCUGCUUCCCAAAGGAAAGCUUCCAGUUUGGAUCCCUUACUCAACAUGCUCAUUGUACCUUUGACACACAUACUCUAGAUGCUAUUGUGGAAAGAUCCUUUUAAGCUUGUGAUUUAAUCAUAAAUGAAUGCUGAAUGUUGUGGGCAUGUUCUACCUGUUGAGAUGAUGGUGACUGUAAUCCUUUCUCAACAAAUCCAUAAUGUUAAGAGAUGAUGUAAUGUUAAAUAACGCUUGCCUUGAUGAAAUAAAUUUAAUGACUCCAA